UUCUCCCGGUUACCUGCGGCCGAUGCCAGAUUGAGUUCAAAGCCUCCGGCACUCGCUUUGGCCUGAUUUGUGGAGGGGGGGCGGGGAGGGACCUGCAGCUUGCGGCCCCGCCCCCUUCUCCCGCUAGCCGGCGAGCCAAUCGGCCCGCCUCCGGCUUCGGCCGGCCCUGGGGCCGCGUUCCCGGUGCAACCUGGUAGCCGAGGCCUGAGCUUCUACUCGUAGGUGCCGGUGGCGAGGCCUCAGGGCACAGCGCGGUUCGGCCUCAUGGUGGGUUUUGGAGCCAACCGGCGGGCUGGCCGCCUGCCCUCUCUUGUGCUAGUGGUGCUGCUAGUGGUGAUCGUUGUCCUUGCCUUCAACUACUGGAGCAUCUCCUCCCGCCACGUCCUGCUUCAGGAGGAGGUAGCCGAGCUGCAGGGUCAGGUCCAGCGCACUGAGGUGGCCCGCGGGCGUCUAGAGAAGCGCAAUUCGGACCUCUUGCUCUUGGUGGACACGCACAAGAAACAGAUCGACCAGAAGGAGGCCGACUACGGCCGCCUCAGUAGCCGGCUGCAGGCCAGGGAGGGCCUGGGGAAGAGAUGUGAAGAUGACAAGGUUAAACUACAGAACAACAUAUCAUAUCAGAUGGCAGACAUACAUCAUUUAAAGGAACAACUUGCUGAACUUCGACAGGAAUUUCUUCGACAAGAAGACCAGCUUCAGGACUAUAGGAAGAAUAAUACUUACCUUGUGAAGAGGUUAGAGUAUGAAAGUUUUCAGUGUGGACAGCAGAUCAAAGAAUUAAGAGCACAGCAUGAAGAAAAUAUUAAAAAGUUAGCAGACCAGUUUUUGCAGGAACAAAAGCAAGAGACCCACAAAGUUCAAUCAAAUGAUGGAAAAGAAUUGGGUAUAAACGAUCAUGUAGUACCUAAAAAUAUUCCCAAAGUAGCUGAGAAUGCUGCAGAAAAGAAUGAAGAACCGUCCAGCAAUCACAUUCCACAUGGGAAAGAACAAAUCAAACGAAGUGGUGAUGCAGGGAUGCCUGGGAUAGAAGAGAAUGACCUAGCAAAAGCUGAUGAUCUUCCCACUGUUUUAAAAAAGCCCCCUGUUUUGGUUUCUCAGCAUGAAAGUCAUCAAGCAAUCUCCCAUAUUCCAACUGGACAACCUCUUUCCCCAAAUAUGGCUCCAGGUUCAUAUGUAAACCACAAUGGAAAUCCUGGCACUUCAAAACAGAACCCCUCCGACCCUCUUCAGCGUUUAAUUCCAGGCUCAAAUUUGGAGAGUGAACACAGAAUUCAAACAGAUAUAUUAAAGCAGGCCACUAAGGAUAGAGUCAGUGAUUUCCACAAAUUGAAGCAAAGCCGAUUCUUUGAUGAAAAUGAAUCCCCUGUUGAUCCGCAGCAUGGCUCUAAACUGGCGGAUUAUAAUGGGGAUGAUGGUAACGUAGGUGAGUAUGAGGCAGACAAGCAGGCUGAACUGGCUUACAAUGAGGAAGAAGAUGGUGAUGGUGGAGAGGAAGACGUCCAAGAUGAUGAAGAGAGAGAGCUUCAGAUGGAUCCUGCAGACUAUGGAAAGCAACGUUUCAAUGAUGUUCUUUAACUCCUAAAAGAAAACAUCAGAAAACCUAAAGUGCUGUAAAAUGGAAUCAUUUCUACUUUGUCAUUGUUGACUUCUGUUGUAAAGAUCAGUUGUAUCAGUUGUAAAGAUACAUUGAGAUAGAUGUAAGGAAAAACUUUAAUGAAGGAAUGUACCCAUGUACAUAUGUGAACUUUUUCAUAUUAUAUUAUCAAAGAAGACUUUUGGUUAUGAUACAGUUGAGCCAAAAACAGAUAAUCUUUGCAUUUAAAGCAAACUAAUGUAUAUUUCACAUUUUUUGAGCCUAAUUUUUUUUCCACAAAUAGACAAAUGGGAGAAAAUGGUUAUGUAGAUGUUUUAUGAUGCACAUAGCAUAACCACAGUGAGAACAAUUAUUCAGCUGAGAAUUUUUUAUACACUAAUAUCUUCUUGUUAGCCCAACAGGUGUUCUGUUCUAUCUGCCCCUCAUUUCAUGCUUUUCAGGAGUUAUGCCUAGAAUAGUUAUGUAAAAUAGGGGAAAUUGGAUGCCAAACACUAGUUAACGUGUACAAAACUGCCUCUCUACUCAAGUGCUGAUGUGUUUUGGCAUAUUAACUUUCAGCUGAGGCCUGAUGGAAUUUGAGAUAAACUUCAAAGACAUAACAGUAUAUAUGAGUUAUUGUUUAUGUUAGUUCUUGAAAUUAUGGAAUGCAUGAUGGACGAUAUAUUUUCAAUUUUUUUCUUUCUCAAGUAAUACCAGUACUAUUUAAGUAUAGUCAGCACUGGCUAAAAGAAAAAUUUUUUUUCAGAGUUCAGGUCAGUGAAGAUAAAUUAAAUGCCAGAUCCUGAAAGGAGCUAAAUCUACUUUGAAAUGAAUCUACAAUUGAUAUUUCAAAGCUUUUCUGGUAGUUUUAAUGAUCUUAUUUAACUAGACUUUUUCAGAACUACUAAAUAAGAAAUUUUAACAGGUUUUUAUUAAUGCACACAUAAAUAGAUAUACAGUGAGGUCUACAGCUGUUUUAUUAAAAUAGCUUAAAAGUUAAAAUAAAAAUGAAUCUUUGUAAUUACUUAAUGUUAGUUAAGAACCCAUCAACCUCAUAUUUGCUAGACUUACACAAAAUUGUUUUAAAUGCAUUUUUUGACACUAUUUAGUCAAAUGUGUAAGCUAGCUAACCCUUAUUUUCUUAUUCAAAGCACUUUUAAAUAGUACCUCUCCCCACAAAAAACUAAAGGUUUGGAUCAUACCAGGAUGUUUAAGGUUGUUUAACCCUGUUUUUCAAAAGGGCUACCAUUAAUUGCAUAUAAACAUGAAAUAUCAGGCAGGGGAUAUAGCUUAGUGAUAGAGUGCUUGUCUAGUAUGUAUAAAGUUCUGAGUUUCUCCCCAGCACCACAAAAUAAACAAACCCAAAACAUGAAAUACCUGCACCCCCACAUUAAGUUUCCUGUCAUAAUUCAAACUUAUAGAUUAUUCACUUGUUGAGGUGCAAAAAUUCUUAGCUUUCAACUGGAAAUUAUUUAAUGACUAGGAAAAGAUGCAGUAAUUUACUAAAAUAGUUUUUUCCACCAUAUCAAACUAAAUAGUGUUCAUGUUUUUGUUAACAGUAGGGUCAGGACUACAGGUAUGAUGGUUCACAUAAUUUUUAAAAGGGAGUUAGUUAAAAGGAAGUGAUAUAUAUCCUUUGGUGUACAUCCUUUUAAAUGACUUUAAAUAGUGAAAAACACCUGUUCAGAAUAAAUUUGGGCAUUAAUCGGAGAGGUGAAUAAAAAUAUUCCUAGAAAUAUUUCAUAUUUAAUAUUAUAAAAUCUUUACAAAUGAAAUUACCUUAGUUCCUUUUUCAUAAAAAUGAUCAUUUGGUUAUAUGAUAGCUAUUACUUACAUAGCAAAAGUUCUUCAAUUGGCAGUCUAGACAUUUUAUAAACCAAGAAAUUUUGGACCAAUUGAUAAUAUUUCUGACCGUAUUAACAUUUUAGUGCUAUAAAAUACUAUGUAGAUGUCUUAAAAUUCUGACAUUCUACAGUCUAUAUUACUAUGCUGUUUUUGUUUUACUUCUGCCUUAAAAUUUAGUUUUUUUAAAUGUAUUUUUGCCCUGAAUUGUUAAUUUGAUCAAAGUUCUGCUUCUAAAAUCAUCACUUACUGGGUUCUAAUAAAUGAAAAAUUAAACUUG